CAGCAACCGAGAUAAACAACUUCUAAAUUCACCACUUCUGGAGAUUUUUGGGCUUUACAAAAGUGUGAAUUAACGCUAUUUUCGUUGAAAAAUCAGAAUGGCGAGAAAGAAGGCUGAGAUUGCCCUCCAACAGGAGUUGGAGACACAGGAGGAAUGGGAGGAGUAUCUGGCCAAGGAGGGCCUGUCGGUCAUAGACAUUUAUCAGGAAUGGGCGGGUCCCUGCAAGUCAAUGGUCAGCAUCCUCAAGAGGCUGAAGAACGAACUCGGGGAUGAUUUACUCAGAUUUGCUGUGGCCAAGACUGACUCCAUUGAUGCUCUGGAGCGCUAUCGUGGGAAGUGUCAACCGUGUUUCAUGUUGUAUGCAGGCGGAUGUUUGGUUGCUAUCAUCCGAGGGGCCAACUCUCCACUUCUGCUGCGAACGAUCACAGAGCAGCUGGCUCAUGAACACAAAGUCAUCGACGGAGCUGCCGAAAGGAAAGAGAUCAAAGAUCCGCUACUCGCAGACUUGGAGAAGGAGAAGGCUGCUCUUGAUGAGGAGGAGAAUGAAAAGGGGGAAGAAAUCGAGCAAGAAGUGACCGUCUGUAUCAUCAAGCCAGAUGCCAUCGCUGCUGGCAAGAAAGAUGAAAUCUUGGAACAGCUGGCAGAACGCGGCAUCGAGGUUCUCACAGACGAGGAGAGACUACUCACAGAGGAAGAGGUGAAGGAAUUCUAUGCCUCGCAUGCUGAAGAGGACUACUUUGAAGACCUUGUCAAGUUCAUGUCGAGUGGUCCAAGUCACGUGCUAGUCUUAUCAAAGGGAGAUGCAGGUAUCAUAGAUGAGUUCCGAGAUCUCCUCGGACCGAAAGAUGUAGAUGAGGCCAAGGAAGUCGCGCCGGACAGUUUGCGUGCCAAAUAUGGGUCCGAAAAACUCACAAAUGCUUUGCACGCCAGUGACUCACAGGACAGAGCUCAUGCGGAGCUUGCAUUCUUCUUCCCCAACUUUUCCAAGCCGACAAGAACGGUGGUCAAACCUACAAAGGAGAAAAAGAAGAAAGGAAAGAAGCAGAAGGCACCGAAGAUUGAACGGACACUUGCACUUAUCAGACCUGAUGCUGUUGCUAAUCACAAAGAGGAAAUUCUUGCCAAGGUUAAAGAAGCAGGAUUCGAAGUUGCUCUCCAGAAAGAGGUGCAGCUCACAAAGGAGCAGGCGGAGGAGUUUUACAAAGAACACAGGGGCGAGGAAUAUUUCGAAGAGCUCACGACGAAGAUGUCAUGCGGGCCGUUACUUGCUCUCGGUCUUGCUCGAGCUGAGGCUGUGACUUCUUGGAGAGAUAUGUUAGGACCGAAAGAAGUACCAGUCGCAAAGACAGAGGCGCCAGAAAGUUUACGAGCGCAGUAUUCAGUAGAUGAAGACUUAAUCAAUCCACUCCAUGGGUCAGACUCGGCAACGAAAGCAGAAGAAGAAUUAGAGUUCUUCUUCCCUGUGCAGCAGACGAUGGCUGUCGUCAAACCAGAUGCAUAUCAGACUAAAGAGGAUAUUAUGAACAAGAUUCGCGAAGCCGGUUUCCGAAUUGCAGCACGACAAGAAACGGAACUAAAUAACGAAAUCGUAGAAGCUUUAUAUUCAGAACACAAGGACAAGGACUAUUUCAAUGACUUAUCAGAUCACAUGACAAGUGGUCCGACGUUAUUCAUGGUUCUAUCGCGACACGACGCCGUUGAGGGCUGGCGGUCGAUGAUGGGAAAUACAGAUCCCGAAAAGGCAAAGGAAGAGAACCCAGAAAGUAUUCGUGCUGCCUUUGGCAAAGACAUUAAAUCCAAUGCCGUGCACGGUGCUUCGACGGAAGAUGAAGCAAAGGCUGAAGUCAAACUUAUAUUUGGUGAAAUAGAAUUCAACAAAGACGGUACUGUAAAAGGUGAAGAAACUGGUUUAGAAAAUGAAACGAUGGAAGAGGAAGCUGAAGAUGAAGAUGAGGAUGAUGAGGAAGAAGAAGAUGAAGACAAAGCAUCAGGUGAUGAAGGUGGUGCCGAGGCUGGUGAAGAGGCGAAGGAAGAGGCAGCUGAACAAGAAGAAGGUGGCGAACAGGGAGAAGAACGACCGGCAUCUUCAGCGAGCGCCAAAGGUGACGAAUCCGCUGUCGAAGGUGAAGAACAAAAAGAAAGUGAAGAAGGAGCAGAACGGCCGUCAUCGCAAGCCAGCCAAAAAGCUGAUGAGGAGCAGAAAGCCGAAGGUGAAGGGGAGGAGGGCCAGCAGCAAGAGGGUGAUGAGUCACCCAAACAAGAGGGCGAGGAAUCACCCAAACUUGAGGGUGAUGAGUCACCCAAACAGGAAGGUGAAGAAUCACCCAAACAGGAUGGUGAAGAAGAAGAAAAAGAAAAAGGAGAUGAACAGGAGAAAGAUGCUAAGGGUGAGGACGGAGAGCAUCAGGCAGAACAAGAGGGUGAAACAGGAGAAUCUGCUGCUAAGUCAAGGCCUCAAACAGGUGAAGACAAAGAGCGGGCGAGAUCUGGUAAAAAAUCCCCUGAAGGUGACAAGGAAUCGCACGAGGGUGGUAAAAAGUCGCCCGAAGGUGGUAAAAAGUCACCCGACGGUGGUAAAAAGUCACCCGAAGGUGGUAAAAAGUCACCUGAAGGUGGUGAGGAAGAUGGCAAAAAGUCACCAGAAGAUGGCCAAAAAUCACCUGAUGCUGGCAAGAAAUCUCCCCAAGGUGACAAGCCAGCCUCUCCUGGGAAGGCUGGUUCAAGGCCUACCACAGGUGACCGGCCCGCUUCCAAAGCAGCCAGUGUGAAGGGAGAAGAGAAAAAGGAGGAGGAUGCAGAGGAAAAGAAAGGUUCUCGACCUCCUUCAGCAGAAAAAGCUGAAUCAGUGAAGGGAGAUGAUCAAAAGGAGGAAAAAGAAUCCGUCAAAGAUGAGGAUGUGGGAGAAACUUCUGCAGACGCAGCAGAGGAUACUGCAGCAGACGCCCAAGGUGAAGGAGAAACAGAAGACAAGAAAGAGGAAUCGCAGGAAGAAAAACAAGAGGAGGCCAAAGAAGAAGAAAAAGCUGAAGAGCAACAAGCAGAGGCUUUCGAGGAGAAAACAGAAGAAAAAACUGAGGAGAAAAUUGAGGAGACAAGUGAGGAGAAAACUGAGGAAACAAGUGAGGAGAAAACCGAGGAAAAAACUGAGGAGAAAGAGGAACAAAAAACUGAGGAAAAAGAGGAAGAAAAAACUGAGGAAAAAGAAGAAGAAAAAACUGAGGAAAAGGGUGCUGAGGAAAUCGAGCAGACGGAGGAGAAAAAAGAAGACGCAGCCUCAACGAAGGGUGAAGACGCUGGCGAGGCCUCUGAAGAUAAGAAGGAUGAGGAGGAUAAAAAGGAAGAUGACAAGAAAGAGGAGGAGGCAGCCAAGAAGGAUGACUAGGGAGAUAAGGUACGGUCUAGCUUCCUCAACCAACAGCAUUUCAUUUCGACUUUUGGAACACUCUCCUUAAAAAUCAAUCAAGACAUUUCAUGUCCGUAACAUCUUGAUGAGAGGACUAUAUGCAGACCAAUCAAAUUAUUCCAUCCAUAACAUUAGCUGUGAUCAACUUCACCGUCCUUGUCCUAUAAACUGGAAUCAUUUGAGUGCUUUAAGUUUAAAGUUACUGCUGUUACAUUUAAUACCGUCCAGAAUAUUCAUGUUACACUGAUAUUUUAUUAGACUUUACCUUGUUCUUUUGGUUUAAAGUCUGCCCCACCAAUCAUUUUCUCCCUAGUGGCAAAUGACUGUUUAAGGCCAGAAGGGAAACUCCACCAAUUCAAUGCCAUCAAAGAAUGAACUAGAAAUUUUGAUAUUACACUUUCCAUGGUUUGAAAAAUCUAGUUUUUUUACUUUUGGUCAUCUAAUGGUCCGUUUUGUCACAUUUAUGACCCUGUUGAUAGUUGAAGCUAUUUUCCUAUCAAAAAAUUCAAAGUAUACUUUCUUCAAAAUGAUGGUGAUAUUUCCUGUACAUAGGCAUUGUUGACAGUCAUGUAUGACUAGUACUUGCUUUGUCAAAGCCGUCCACUUUUGUUCUUAUACAUUGUAUACGAUUUAUUGUUUAUAAAUAAAUUUAUCAU